CACACACCCUACCUAAAAGAUAGUAACUCGCUUGCUCGUUACUGCCAGGCUCCAGCUACACCGAGGAAAUACAAUAUUAUCAUAGAAACAGCUGAAGAUUGAUGGCAUUUUAUUUGAAAUUGUCAUACCAUGUACUGAAUGUUCAUGAUGUCUGAACAUUUAGAAGAAAAUUGAUGGUCAGAAGAGUUUUUGAUUCCAGUGGAAUUUGUCACAUCUUUUGCGUCACUUUGUUUUCGAAAAGAAAACGCACCCUACGUGGCAACGCACUGAAGGAUCUACCUUUUUAUUUGAAAGGGAAGGCUUUUUGUCGAAGCCAUUGUGCUUCCCCUAGUGACCUCUGUGGGUUACAAUGCCUGUACAAGCGCCGCAAUGGACGGAAUUCCUGCUGUGUCCCAUCUGCACCCAGCUGUUCGAGGAGAGCGUCCGCAAGCCCAUCAGCCUGGGCUGUGGACACACCGUCUGCAAGAUGUGCCUGAACAAGCUGCACCGCAAGGCCUGCCCCUUUGACCAGACGGCCAUCGCUUCCGACAUCGAGCUGCUGCCUGUCAACACUGCCCUACUGCAGCUGGUGGGAGGACAGGUGCCCAAACGGCAGCCUACCACCUUGCUGACGGGGCCAGAGGACAUAGCCCACUAUGAGGAAGCCAGUGAUUGUGUGGAGGAGCUGGCUCUGUACCUGAAACCACUGAGCAACAGCAGAGGGUUGAGCACCAGCGGUGCACAAAGCUCUCUGAGCCGGCCCAUGCAGAGGAAGCUGGUGACCCUGGUGCACUGUCAGCUGGUGGAGGAGGAGGGCCGGGUGAGGGCCACGCGGGCGGCCAGGUCCCUAGGGGAGCGCACAGUCACUGAGCUCAUUCUGCAGCACCAGAACCCACAGCAGCUCUCCUCCAACCUGUGGGCUGCCGUCAGAGCAAGAGGCUGCCAAUUCCUCGGCCCAGCGAUGCAGGAGGAGGCUCUGAAGCUGGUGCUGUUGGCUCUAGAGGACGGCUCCGCUCUGUCCAGGAAGGUCUUGGUGCUGUUUGUGGUCCAAAGGUUAGAGCCACGCUUCCCCCAGGCCUCUAAGACCAGCAUAGGCCACGUGGUGCAGCUCCUCUACAGGGCCUCUUGCUUUAAGGUGACCAAGCGAGACGAGGACUCGUCCCUGAUGCAGCUGAAGGAGGAGUUCCGGACAUAUGAGGCACUGCGGCGCGAACAUGACUCCCAGAUUGUCCAGAUCGCCAUGGAGGGUGGCCUCCGCAUCGCCCCUGACCAGUGGUCCUCUCUGCUCUAUGGGGACCAGUCGCACAAGUCCCACAUGCAGUCCAUCAUCGACAAGUUGCAGACGCCAGCGUCGUUUGCUCAGAGCGUUCAGGAGCUGACCAUCGCCCUGCAGAGGACAGGCGACCCGGCCAACCUGAACCGUCUGCGAACACACCUGGAGCUGCUUGCCAACAUCGACCCCAGCCCAGACUCUCCUCCCCCCACGUGGGAGCUGCUGGACACGGGCUUGGUGGCGGUGAAAACGGUGGUGCACGGCCUGGUGGACUUCAUCCAGAACCACAGCAAGAAGGGGAGCGACACGCAACAGCCUCCCCAGCACAGUAAAUACAAGACGUACAUGUGUCGGGACAUGAAGCAGAAGGGGGGCUGUCCUCGAGGAGCCAGCUGCACCUUCGCCCACUCUCAGGACGAGCUAGAGAAGUAUCGUAAGAUGAACAAGCGUCUGGCCGCCCGACGGCCCCUUAGCCUAUCCUUGACGCAGCUCAACGAGGUGGGCCUAUUGCCCGAGGAGGUGGGGAUGAUGGAGGGGCUGGCCCACAAGGGCCUGACCAAUGGCAUGGUGGCAUCAGUCACAGGCUCCGCCCUGCCCCAGCUCAUCUCCCGCGGUGCUGACCCCUCUUAUGAGCCCAUUAUGCGGAAGCCCCAGUCCCAGGGAAGCCACAGUGCCCCCGGCUCUCCCCCUGACUUACUGGAUCCCGUGCCCAAUCGGUCCAUGGUCCACCCCAGGAUGGCAGUGGACCACCUGGCCAUGCACAAGCCAGUGCCCAGGGGGCCCCCCAUGUACCCCUCACAGCAGGGUGAACAUUUCUACCCCCCUGAGCCCAGGGCACCACCAUCAGCCAUGCAGUACGAGUCCACCCAGUACCCCCCAGGUAACCCCCCCUACCCCUACCAGUCCUCCCAGUACCUUCCCCAGCCCCGCUACGUUCGGAACCUCCCUCCCCCUAACGACCUGGCCACGCCUGCCUACCCGGAGUCCCCCUACCCCGGCACCUACCCACAAGAGCAUGAGUGUCCCCCUCCCCCACAGCCCUCGGGUCCCCACUUUUCCAACGCCAACCCCCAUGGGUACUCACCUCCCCCUCAUUACGACGGCCGUCGACACCCCUACCCGCCGCCACCACCACAAACCUAUCCCCACCGGGAGGAACUCUCCUCCAUGCCUGCGGACGAGGCCUCCAGAGAAAGAUACCCUCCCGAGAGUUACCAGCCCGCUGGCCCCCACCCCGGCCACAUGAGGCCCUAUUCCACACGGGAGGAUUACAGUCGGCCCCAGCCCCCUCCCACUCUGGACUACCUGCACCGCCGACGCCAGGAGAUCAUGGCCCAGUUGGAGGACAGGAAGCAGGUCACUCCCCCACCCUUUGCCCCCUCGCCCACGCUGCCACACACCUACGAGUCCAACUACACGCAGGAGCAACAGCAGUACAUGGAGAACUCCCAAGUGUUUGCAAAGUACCGUGAGCCAGACUACGCUAGCCAGUACUCUCCUUGGUCAUGUGACACCAUUGGCUCCUACAUUGGCAGCAAGGAGGGGAAGUCUAAAGACACCAUGGAGAGGAUGAACACUGAGGGGAAAGGUGCGGAGGGCCAGCGCAGGUCGGCCGAGGCCAGAGACGACGAUCCUAUCAUCCCCUUCGGCUCCCUGCCCACUGUGUCGCGCUUCGGGGUGAUCUCCCGCACCCCCAAGACGGGCUACCAGAUGGCCGGGCCAGGGCAGGCCGUGACCCCCCCACAGGGGACCAACAGCCCCAAACACACCGCUGCAACAGCAGACUACCCCUAUGGGAACGGUGCAGGGUGGGGUGUUGCCCCGUACACCCAGCCCACUCAGGCCCACCUCAGUGAAAGGCCAGUCCAGGAGAGGGAGCAGCUGACGAUGGAGCUCCAGCAGGUCAAUCGGCAGAUCAACAAGCAAACUGCCCAGGCGGCCCAACCCAGCCCGGGGGAGUGGUCGUCGGGGAGCGUCUCCAGCCAACAGCUGAGCCUGGAGCUCCACCAUGUGGAGAGGGAGAUUGGCAAGAGGACCCGCCAGAUAGCCCUGGAGAACCAUGUGUCUCAUGAUGGGAGCGGGACAUACAAGCUGAAGCCCACUGAGAACAAAAUGCAGAGAGAGGAGCACUCGUUGGUUCUCAGUGAGGGCUAUAACGGUUCCAGUUGUGUUCUGCUGGAUGGCAGUGCGGCCGGCAGCAUUUUGUCCUGCCUGACCAGCAAGACCUCGUCCCUCAGCCUGUCCUCAGACCUCCCCACCACCGGGGAAACUGACCGGCAGGAGAACAUCGCGGUCCACCCGUGUUCCUAGCCACACAACUGGAGUCUGGUACUACAACCACUGCUACAACCAACCAGUCAGUUAACCACACAGAGUCUUGGGGAACACCUCAUCCUCUGAACGCUUAAACUUUUCCACCAUUUAGAGUGGAACACACAACCAGGUCCUCCAAACUGUCUGGUAUGCCCUACCUAAAUCCACAUUUGCAAGAUCUGGUUGAAGCCACUAAGAGCAUUUUAACUCCCAUCAUAAAACAUGUGGAGAGAGGCGCAGUCUCUCUCCUCGCUUACAAUGGUGAGAGACCGUUCUAGGUUUCUUACAGGGAUUUGGGAUAUAAGGGCUAUUAAUAUCUUUAAGUAACUGAAAAAGCCACUGAUAUGCAAAUGUGGACGUAGUGCCUGCAUAGACAACGGCGCUUCAUUUGAUACAACACAAAUUGCACACUCGCAACUUCAGUUUGUCUACAACUAAGCAGUAUCUGCCGUGAAUUUGAUAUUUUUUUCAUUUGUUCAUUUUUGUUAUUCUGUGGAUGAAUGUUUUGUCAUAUACAAUCUCACACUGCCUUGGAAACCAAGGGUUUUGAGAUUUAUGCUCCGUGAACCCAAUACUGAUUAGAAGAAGAAUAUAAAGACGAGGCCAGUUCCUUGGUUUCAAAUAGGCAAGGCCCCCAUAAUCGCAUUGACAUAACAUCUGUCGUUAACUUCACAAUGUGCUACAUUUUUGUAGCAUCCCUAACAACAAUCUUCGUGCUUAGCGUAUAUAUACAAGUUCUAAAAUGCAGACUUUCUAUUUGGAAUUAAUUGUAAGUUCUUGUAGCUGAGUUGCAAUGUUAUUUGCAGACAAAACAUGUAGAGCGUUUCGUUAAGUUUCACUCUUUUGCCACUUGAGGAUUUCAUACUUGGUGCUCUGUUGAAGGAGCACUUUCACAUCUGGUCAAAAGCUCUCCAUUUCAUAGAAACAAUACUUGUUGACAACUGGCUGUGAAUAAGUUUUAUAAAGCCAAGACGCUACAAUUUGAAGAUAUUGAGUUAUCACUUUUCAACUAGGAAGUAUUGAGAUUUUGUUGAAACUGUAACAAACUAGAUGAGGCAAAGGCAUCCCUGCGUCCAGUUGUUAGUUCAGUGGCCUGGACCUCUUUUGGUAUCCCCCCUCACCACCACCACAACCGCCUUCAGACUCUGGAAAAGGAGAUUUACUACAGCCUCUGCCAUCCAUGCUUUGGGAUGAGGCUGAUGUGAAACAGGGAAAAGCAUAUGUGCUGAGUACACAAACAUUAAGAACACCUGCUCUUUCCAUGACAUGAUCAUGACAAGCCAUGAUCCCUUAUUGAUGUCACUUCUUAAAUCCACUUCAAUCAGUUUAGCUGAAGGGGAGGAGACAGGUUAAAUAAGGGUUUUUAAGCCUUGAGACAUAGAUUGUGUAUGUGUGGCAUUCAGAGGGUGAAUGGGCAAAACAAAUUAUGUGCCUUUGAACAGGGUAUGGUAGUAGGUGCCAGGCGCACCGGUUUGUGUCAAAAAACUGCACCUCUGCUGGGUUUUUCACGCUCAACAUUUUCCCGUGUGUAUCAAGAAUGGUCCAACACCCAAAGGACAUCUAGCCAACUUGACACAACUGUGGGAAGCAUUGGAGUCAUCAUGUGUCAGCAUCCCUGUGGAACGCUUUCGACACCCUGUAGAGUCCGUCCCCGGACAAAUUGAAGGUGUUCUGAGGGCUUAACCGGUUGCAACUCAAUAUCAGGAAGCUGUUCCUAAUGUUUGGUAUACUCAGUGUACAUUUAGGCUUGGCAUUCAAGCGGUUUUCCUUUUCUUUUCGGGGGGGGGGUAAUUUUAAAU